AUGGCGUCGUUUGUUUCCAAACCAGAUGAUUUUCCUAAUAUUCUCAAGGGACGGCGUGUUCUGCUGACUACAGAGUCGCUGGGGCCCGUUAAUGGUGUUAGUCGGACGACGUUGAGCUUGGUGGAGUACCUUCGGCACAACGGUGUCGAUCUGGCUGUAGUCGCACCGCAUUAUCAAGGCUUCCGCUACCAGGCACAGGAUGCUGCAGAUUCACGGAUACCGGGUUAUCCUCUGCCAUACAAUCCAGACCUGACGAUAGUUUAUCCGUUUCGCUUGGACACUGUCUACAAACAAACCUUCCAGCCGGAUAUCAUUUACGUCGCUAGCCCAGCCUCUCUAGGCUUCCAGGUCCUACUGCAGACCCGUCAGCUUCGGAAACCCCCUACGGUGCUACUCAACUACCAAACAGAUCUCUCUGCCUACAGUGAAAUAAUCUUCCCGGCACCUCUUGACAGAUUCGCAGUUUGGCUGUUGGCCACCGUGCAAGGAUUCUUGUUCAGCCAUCCAGCUGUACAUACCAUCUUCUAUCCUUGUUCGGCUGUACUGAACUACCUGAAAGAUGCUGGAGCUCCUGUCGAGCGCACCGUUAGAUUGGGACGUGGUGUUGAUACAUCCUUAUUUAACCCCGCGCACCGUGACAAUGCCUAUCGAAAGAAAAUCGCCCCGAAUGGAGAGAUUGUUCUCGUCUGUGUUUGUCGCCUUGCUCCAGAGAAAGGGUUCGAGUUCCUAGCACAGGCGACAGUCAAGUUUGCUGAACAAAAGGUCCCCUUCAAGCUACUGAUCGUCGGAGGGAACCGCAACCCGGUCGUGGAAACUCGAGUCCAUCGUCUUUUCGACGCAGUCAGAGAACAUGUCAUAUUCACUGGGUUCUUAACCGGACAACCUCUAGCUCGCGCAUAUGCCUCGGGCGAUAUCUUCCUUCAUUGCUCCAUUACCGAAACCUUCGGGCUAGUAGUACUGGAGGCCAUGUCCAGUGGGUUACCCGUUAUUGCCAGAGAUCAAGGAGGCCCGUCGGAUAUUGUACAACACCAGAAGACGGGAUACCUGGUUCCCCCAAACGAUAUAAAUAACUUUGUUGAUCUAGUACGAGAAGUCUCCAUUGAUAGCCAGUUGCGGUUUACUCUAUCUACCUCUGCUCGGAGAUACGCAGAAGAUACAACAUGGGAGAAGAUAAACAACCGCGUCGCUUGGCAGAUGGCGAACGCAUUCGAGCAGCGUUCAGCCGAAGGAAGUCUGGGUAGUUCUGAUGAGCCCGUUGUGGCCAGACUCAUGUUGCCGAUCCUGGAAAAACUGCGCAUUACUCUGGCUGUUGGAUUUGUGUACUUCAUGUGGUUGAUUGCUGUGGUUCCUUUGAUCAUUCAUGGACAACGGGUCGUUCCCAGAGCUUUGGAAUUUGUGCAUAGCAUGCCGGUACUUGGGAGGUGUGUACGGUAUCUCUCUAGGUAAUAUAUGUAAAGAGGCUAUAGACGAGGCUUUUAUCGGGUACACACG